GCCAUCACCGAAAAUCGAAGAAAAAAGUGAUCACCAGCCUAAAAAGGAAGGUCAACUGAGAAGCAUCCUGAUUGGCUGAAAGUACUGCGAAUAUGCAUCUAAUUGGACAUAUCAAUGGCUAUACCCGAAGAAGACUGGUCCCUGGUCAAUCUGUAUUCUGGUCGGUUGGUUACCCAUGGAAGCUUAGCAUGGACUUUUCGUCUCUCUUCUUCGCCACACACAGGAACGACUGUGUACAUAGUAGGGGUCCGAUUCAAUGUCGACAUGGACCGUUACUCUGUACCAUGAUUGUGCUUGUUCACUG